GUCGCGCCAGUGAUUUUGCUGCCCAGCGUGCAAAAGUGAAAUCGCAUAACUUCGUCUCAUGUUGAUCAGGUUAUAUCACGUUGCUUCUAGAGUGUCGAUACACACGUAAUUAUUGUGAGCGCAGGUACAACAUCGGUGCAUUUUCGAAAGCUUGCGGCACCUUUUGUUUGGACAAGGCAUGGCGCUCGCUUGCAGACGCCUUUUCUGUGGUCACUCACUGAAGCAUGGUUCGUUUGCUUACGUAAUACCGUCCAAGGCUUGCCAUGCAACCAAUCCAGCUGUUACGACAUCCGGCGUCUGCGACACGGGGAUAUUGCUUUACGAUCCCAUUACUCGCGGCAAGAAGCCGUUCGUGCUCGAGUCUGGACGCGUGGUGAAAUGGUACUCGUGCGGUCCCACCGUAUACGACUCGACGCACGUGGGGCACGCGUGUUCGUACGUCCGCAUGGACAUCGUGAGACGAAUACUGAGUAGAUUCUACAAUCUGGACGUAGUCUUGCUGAUGGGCAUCACGGACGUCGACGACAAAAUCAUCAAUCGCGCCCGCGACCUGGGCGUCACGUACGAAGCACACGCGCGAAAGUACGAACGAGAGUUCCGCGAGGACCUGGAAAAUCUGGCCGUUCUGCCCCCUACGCUCUUCAUGCGUGUCAGCGAGCACAUUGAUGCUGUUGUGGCGUUCUGCUCCGUCCUCAAGGAGAAAGGAUUCGCCUACGCAGCACCAGACGGCUCGCUUUACUUCGAGCUGGCGAAGUGUCCCGAGUACGCCGUGUUUCGCACGCCGGGAAGCGUUAGCGACGAAGCCGUGAAAGGGAGCGGCAAGAAGGACGUCAGGGACUUUGCCCUCUGGAAGGGCGCGAAACCGGGAGAGCCCAGCUGGGAAGCGCCGUGGGGCUGCGGAAGACCUGGCUGGCACGUUGAAUGCUCGGCAAUGGCGAGCACCGUCUUCGGCUCUUCGUUCGACCUCCAUACCGGUGGCAGGGACCUCGCGUUCCCGCACCACGAAAACGAACUCGCGCAGAGCCGCUGCUACCACGGCGUGUCCAAGUGGGUGAAUCACUGGCUUCACACUGGGCAGGUUCACGUUAGUGGCCCCGACGGCAAGCCGACCAAGAUGGCCAAGUCGCUGGGUAAUGCCAUGCCUCUUCGAGAGUUCCUCGAGACUCACUCGGCGAAUGUGUUUCGCAUGUUCUGCUUGCAGAAGGCUUAUAAGGCAGACAUACUCCUCACUCCGGAUGUGCUUCGAGGUGCUGAGAGCUCAAUGCAAGCGUUGAACGACUUUUGCAGCAAUGCGAAUGCCUACAUCCGUGGCCAGGUUCCCACAGCUAGUAUAGUGGCGAGCGACCUGUACUGUCUUUUGGAGCAAACGAGGUCUGGGCUUCAGGUUGCUUUUGCCGAUGACCUGGACUACCCAUCGGCCGUGUCGUCUGUGUUACACCUAGCCUCACACAUCAAUACAAGGCUUCAGGCAGCGUCAAAAGACGUUAGUAAUUGCAGUCACAAUGACGUGGGAAGGGCUGCAGUAGCAGCUUGCCUUGAAUUCAUCACCGACUUCUUCCAUAAUCUAGGAUUGGAGUUAGCUACUGCUCAGACACACAGUGUUGCAAGUUCCUCAUCAACCUUGGUUCGUGUGUUGGAUGACGCAGUGGCAUUUAGAACAGCCGUACGAAACCAUGCCUUGGAAAUUAAGGACAAGGUGCUCCUGCAAGCUUGUGAUGUGCUUAGGGGUCAGCUAGAAAGUGAAGGGAUCAAAAUUAAAGAUAGGAAAACAAAUUCAUCCUGGGAGUUUGUUAAUGACACAACAAUAAAGACGGGAGGUAAAUGAUGUAGGCUGAGCAACUUUA